GCUCUGGACUGAAUCAUUGCUUUGUGCGAUUUCUGCUACAGCUGACGAAAUAGUUGUACUUGUGUGUUUUCCCCUGACUCCGUAAACGUGUGACUUUCUAUUAGGAUCAUCUGUCCGUUGCUAAACGAGCCAAUUAAGAUGCGUUCCUGGAGUUUGGUGGUGGUGCUGUUGGCCGCGAUAGUUCUGCUGGGCGGUGAAAGUGUCUACGCUAGACGCUCGAAGGACGGUGCUUGCGCCUGUCCCCGCAUAUACGACCCCGUCUGUGGUACGGAUCUGAGCACGUACGCUAACCGCUGCAUGCUGGACUGCAAGGCGGAGGAAAUGGCGGCACGGUCGAUCGAGCUGCGAGUGUUGCGCCGUGGCGCUUGCGACGAACCUAUCCAGGAGCCCAUCGAGGAGCAGCCCGAAGAGUGAUGUGCCGGAAAACAGCCCCCGAAAUCCGGUCUGCAAAAAGGCGAUUGCGUAAAGUGCCUACAUCGUGCGAUAAAAUCAACCUGCUUUUAUCAAUCAGCCCAAGACUAAUAACAACCCAUUCCGUUCGCGGCUGUGUACAAUGUUCAUUACGAGACACUGUGUUUUGCAAUAAAAUCAAUUAUCCUUCUCCGACACGAA